AUGGUUCUCUAUCCCAUUGGCAUUUCGACCACGGCAUUUGUUGUCGUUGGUGCUUAUCUAUUGUUUCAUGGCGAGGGAGAAGCUUUCAAUGUUGGACAAUUCCUCGAAUCCGUUUCGCCAUUCACAUGGGCAACUAUCGGUAUCGCUAUGUGCAUUGGUCUUUCAGUUGUUGGUGCAGCAUGGGGAAUCCUCCUUACCGGCUCGUCUAUCCUGGGUGGAGGUGUCAAGGCACCUAGAAUACGAACAAAAAACUUGAUUUCGAUUAUUUUCUGCGAGGUCGUGGCUAUCUACGGUGUGAUCAUGGCCAUCAUCUUCACUUCCAAGCUUAACAGCGUCGACCCGGAAAACCUCUACUCGGCCAGCAACAUGUACACUGGAUUUGCCUUGUUUUGGUCUGGUAUUAUCGUCGGGUUUACCAACUUGAUUUGCGGUGUGUCUGUCGGUAUCAACGGUAGUAGUGCUGCUCUGGCCGACGCCGCCGAUCCCAGCCUUUUCGUGAAAAUUCUGGUUGUUGAGAUUUUCAGCUCAGUUCUCGGUCUUUUCGGUUUGAUCAUUGGACUGCUCGUCUCUGGCAAGGCUGUGGAUUUCAACGGGGGAACAGGGUUCGCUGUUAAGGAUGUGACGCCUGAGACAGUCUCGCCAUUGAUACAUCGCCAUGCUCCUGGUCUUGUGCAUGGCAUGCUCGCUGCCUCUCUACAGGUGACACCGUUCGCCGUCAUGUCUCGCCCAGUAGCAGGAGUCCGAAACCAGAGCUUGAUCCUCACACUCCCAGGAUCUCCCAAGGGAGCAAAGGAAAACCUCGAAGCUGUCAUUAAUCUCUUGCCGCAUGCUUGCAUUCAAGCAGCAGGCGCAAAUUCAAGAGAAAUCCAUGCUGGGGGUCUAAAGAAACUGGAAUCAGAAGCUGCAGUGUCGGCAACAAACAACAAUGUAACAAAGCACAACGACCACGGCCAUGGCCAUGGCCAUAGUCACCACCAUCAUCAUCACCAUCACCAUGGCGGUGAAUCCGGAGGACACCAGGUUCCAAAGGCCCAUACUUUACCAGAAGAUCGCCCCCAGUCGAACGACCCAAAUGCAGGUCCCACAAGACGAUAUCGGUCCUCGCCGUAUCCCAUGCUUUCCGUGGAAGAGGCGCUCAAGAUAAUCGCAGAGGAGACCCCAGAACCUUCUAUCAUUGAAGUGCCCAUAGACUCAAAUCUUGUCGGCUCGGUGCUUGCCGAAGACGUAUAUGCUGGAGAAGCUGUUCCAGCAUAUCGAGCAAGUAUUGUCGACGGAUAUGCCGUGAUUGCGCCCCAGGAAUCAGCUCCUGGCCCACGGACAAAGGGCGUGUUUCCGGUUGCUUCAGUUUCUCACGCACAAGCCGCAUCGAUGCCACCGCCUCUUGAACAAGGCUCAAUAGCACGCAUAACGACUGGCGCUCCUCUUCCACCAAAUGCAAACGCAGUGGUCAUGGUCGAAGACACAGCUCUCGCAUCAACAACCCCCGACGGAAAAGAAGAAGCAACAGUCGAAAUCCUAACCGACGAAAUCAAACCCGGUGAAAAUGUGCGCGAGCCCGGAAGUGACGUGACCAAGGGUAGCAAGAUCCUUUCCAAGGGCGAUUUGAUUUCCGCUGUCGGCGGAGAAAUCGGCCUACUGGCCUCGACGGGUACUCACACGGUCAAGAUAUUCAAAAAGCCCACAGUCGGCGUGUUGAGCACUGGCGACGAGCUGGUCGAGCACGACGACCGCAGGGUUCUCACCGGUGGCCAGAUCCGCGACUCCAACCGACCGUCCUUGAUCUCAUGUCUUCGCUCCUGGGGGUUCCAGACCGUUGAUCUCGGCAUCGCGCGCGACACGCCGGCUGGCGAACUGGAACAAGCCCUGCGAGGUGCUCUGCGCGGUUUAGGAGCUGGUCAGCAGCCCCCCGUAGACAUCAUAAUCACAACUGGGGGUGUAUCCAUGGGCGAGCUCGACCUGCUCAAACCCACCAUCGAGCGCGUCCUCGGCGGCACAAUUCACUUUGGUAGGGUAUCCAUGAAACCAGGCAAACCCACCACAUUUGCUUCAGUACCAUACAAACCAACCUCGUCAUCAUCAACUUCACCUUCAACUCCAGCUUCAACUUCACAGCAAGAGCGCGAGCGACGACUGAUUUUCUCUCUCCCUGGAAACCCUGUCUCGGCGCUUGUCACGCUGAACCUCUUCGUCCUCCCCUCGCUGCACCAGAUGAUGGGUCUGGCCGCAUCAACAUCUCACAAAUACGCUAGCAACGUCGGUCUACCUAUAGUCUCAGCAAUACUCGCACACGCCAUUCCACUCGACCCAAAACGAACUGAAUACCACCGCGCCAUCGUGACAGCAUCAAACAAAGACGGCCGGUUAUACGCAGCCAGCACGGGUCUUGCUGGUGUGGGACAGAGGAGCUCACGCGUGGGCAGUCUUGCCAAGGCGAAUGCUUUGCUGGUUCUCCGGCCUGGAGUGGGCAGAAUCGAAGAGAAUCAGCUUGUGGAGGCGUUGUUGAUGGGGAGUAUUGUUUCGGAUGACUGA